UCUACACUCCACUCCACUCCAUAAUCAUACGAGAUAAGUGAUACAAUUUUACGUGCAAGCCUUAGAAGCAACAAUGAAGAACACCAAGCUCGUGGCAAUCCUUGUUCUCCAAGCCAUCCUAGUCAUGGGAAUCCUUGCACAUGUGAAUGCCAACUACUUCCCCAUAUGUUGCAACGAAUGCAGGUCCUUCUCAGGGGUGGUCAUCUGUGACGACGCCCAUCCUCAGUGCCCCAAGGGCUGCUCCACAUGCCGCCCGGUGCAGACGGGCAGUGUCAAGAUGUUGCAGUGCGCCGACAUGCGCUCCACCAUCAAUGGCACACGCGAUCCACGCUGCAAGAAGAACUAAUAGGUUCAACCUCGGAUCAAGAAAUGUGUUUCGCCAAAAAUAAAGCUUAGAUGAUAUGAGCAUUGUCACCUUAUUUGUUUGUACAUGUAGGCCCACAUUGCACGCCAACAAUACAUCUGUGUUGUCGGUCGCCGUCAUUUCGUCGUCGCCAUGGUUCUUGUUUUUAAUUUCCUUUUUCGAGAGUAGUCUAUUGUUGCUCGCCUACCAGGUGCCCGGUGUAUCCUCCCUGA